UCUUCGGGAAUUUGGGAUGUUUUUGUUAGAGACCAGAGAAAGCGUGUCUUACCAAGGGCUUCUUGGCAGCGUCGUGUAGUAUUAGGAACCCUGGAGAUGGACUGCCUGGGUCCAGAUCGCCAUCCACCACUUAUUGGCUCCUGGCUUCUGCAAGUCACCUGACUCCUGGUGUCUUUCUUUAAGUGUAAAAUGGGGGAAAUAAUAGUAACCUACCUCAUAAAGUGGUUGGUGGUUGGGAGAAUGAAGUGGGUUAAAAUCAUUGAAGUGCUUAGAACCGAGUGUGAUGCACGAAAAAGACAUCAAGUUACAAUAGUUCUAACAAUAGUUACAAUGUAAAUAACAGAUGCGGGUGAAAGAGCCAUCCAAAGCUUCCCCUGAGAAAGCAAAGAGAAGUAAAAGGCCUCCCAUACCUCACGAUGAAGACUCGUCAGAUGACGUUGCUGUAGGUCUCACUUGCCAGCACAUAAGUCAUGCUGUCAGUGUGCAUCAUGUGAAAAAAGCAGUAGCUGAGAACCUGAGGUCAGUUUGCUUGGAAUGUUUAAAGGAAAGAAGAUCCUGUGAUGGACCUCCAGGACUUCCUCCUGACAUCUGGUUGUGCCUCAAGUGUGGUUUUCAGGGAUGUGGUAAAAACUCAGAAGGCCAGCAUUCAUUGAAGCAUUUCAAGAGUUGGAGAGCAGAGCUUCACUGUAUUAUAAUUAAUCUGAGCACAUGGAUCAUAUGGUGUUAUGAGUGUGAUGAAAAAUUAUCAACACAUUGUAAUAAGAAGGUUUUGGCUCAGAUAGUUGAUUUUCUCCAGAAACAUGUUUCUAAAACACAAACAAGUGCAUUUUCUAGAAUCAUAAAACUUUGUGAAGAAAAUUGUGAAGCAGGUGAAAAAAAUAAGGGAAGAAAAGGUGGCAGUGUAACAUCUGUAAAGGGAAUUACAAAUUUAGGAAAUACUUGCUUCUUUAACGCAGUCAUGCAGAAUUUGGCACAGUCUCACAUUCUUACUGAAUUGAUGAAUGAAAUCAAAGAACAUGGUACAAAACUCAAGAUUGUUCCUUCCUCUGAUUCUCAACUGGACCCGUUAGUGGUGGAACUUUCAAGCCCUGGACCAUUGACCUCAGCCUUGUUCCUGUUUCUUCACAGCAUGAAGGAAACUGAAAGAGGACCACUUUCUCCCAAAGUUCUUUUUAAUCAGCUUUGUCAAAAGGCCCCUGCAUUUAAAAGUUUUCAACAACAGGACAGUCAGGAACUCCUUCAUUAUUUGCUGGAUGCAGUGAGGACAGAAGAAACAAAGCGAAUACAAGCUGGCAUUCUAAAAGCAUUUAACAAUCCAACUACUAAAACUGCUGAUGAUGAAACUAGAAAAAAAGUCAAAGCAUAUGGAAGAGAAGGUGUGAAAAUGAACUUCAUAGAUCGUAUCUUUAUUGGUGAAUUAACUAGCACGGUCAUGUGUGAAGAAUGUGCAAAUAUCUCCACGGUGAAAGAUCCUUUUAUUGAUAUUUCACUUCCUAUAAUAGAAGAAAGGGUUUCAAAACCUGUACUUUUGGGAAGAAUAAGUAAAUAUGGAAGUUUACAAGAGACAGAUAAUGGUCAGUACAGUGGCACUGUUCCUGUAGAAAAUACUCAUCAACCCAGAGCCAUCAGGAAGCAUUCUUCAUCUAAAGAUAUGAAUCAACUAAUUCAUGGCAGAAAAUGUACAAGAAAAUCAUCGUCUGGAGAAGAUAAAGCUGCUGUCAUAUACCAGAGAAGUGAAAGCCUUGAGGUGAAUAGAGACUCUUCAUUGUUUGCAAGCACCGUGAACACCGAGUCGGCUCUGACUGACGGCCCCACCGAUGGCAGUGAGGAAGAAGACAGCCUUUCUGAAAGCAGCGUCGAUGCUGACAGCGAGGCUUCGGAGUCUGAGAGUGCUCCGAAACAGACUCUGCCGUUGAGGCCCGGAAGCGGAUGCCACACGCACGCAAACGGACCCCCUCCCUGCCCGUCCCAGAGCGAGCCGCUCGCCGGGGAGGGCGGCCGUGCUGCCGGGGGGGUUGCGGAAGCUGUUUCUGAGCUCCACCUGAGCAGCAGGAUGGUUCGAGCUAGGGAUCUUGACGGAGAGAGUCAGCCACUGAGUGUCUCAGACGAUUUGUGUUUUUCAGAGGACAAGCGUGUGGUGUCUCGGGGCCGCCAAAAUGCUCUUCAGACCCUGUCUCGGAGCCGUCUAACCGCCUCUGAAGAGUGCUCGCUUCAGGCGUGCCUCUGGCGCUUCACCUCCGCGGAGCUGCUGGUGGGGAGCCACAGGCUGCUGUGUGAGGGCUGCACCGGGGAGACGCGGCGGCGCCGAAAGGAAGCCACUUCUGCGGAAAAGAAAGCAGAAGGGAUUUAUACUAAUGCCAGGAAGCAAUUGCUCAUUUCUGCUGUUCCAGCUAUCCUGAUUCUCCAUCUUAAAAGAUUUCAUCAGGCUGGUUUGGGUCUUCGCAAAGUAAACAGACAUGUAGAUUUUCCACUUAUGCUUGACUUAGCGCCGUUCUGUUCCGCUACUUGUAAGAAUGUCAGUGUGGGAGGUAAAGUUCUCUAUGGUCUCUAUGGCAUAGUGGAACAUAGUGGCUCAAUGAGAGGAGGUCACUACACCGCUUACGUGAAAGUGAGAACACCCUCCAGGAAAUUACUGGAACACAUCACUGGAAAGAAAAAUGUACCUGGUUUGAAAGAACCUGAUAGCGAAUCAGCAAGCCAGUGGGUCCAUGUUAGUGACACUUAUGUGCAGGUGGUUCCAGAAUCAAGAGCACUUAGUGCACAAGCAUACCUUCUUUUUUAUGAAAGAAUAUUAUAAUUAUCUGUUAAUUAGUAGUGAUAAUGAUUAUUUAGGUCACUUUUAUUUAAAUGCUGCAGUGUUAACCACAAUAUGCAAUGUGCCUUUGUAGUCUUUUCUGUAGGAAUAGCAUGUCCCUCAAAUGUUCCUGAACAUUGUUACCAUUUUGGUGAAUCCUUUUAAAGUAAAUUUACUAAAUGCUUUCAGGGACUUCCCCAGUGCUUCAGUGGUUAAGACUCAGCUUCCACUGCAGGGUUGGGCCCCUGCAUAAAGAACUUAAGAUUCUGCAUACCUUGUGGGGUGCAGCCAAAAACGAAACUAAAGUAAAACAAAACUAAAUGCUUUCAAACUUAUAUCCUUAAAAUAAACAUAAACAGGUUUUUAAAAACGUAUUUGUCCUGGAAAAAAAUAACAGAAUUCACAACAGUUAACUCCUUUAUAAUGUGACUUAUUGCAGGCAUUCAGAAAUGAUGCUGGCUAAGUCAAAUCAUUCCUUAGACAGUGUUUCACAAAUGUGAGUCACAUACCACUUUUCUGUUUUCAUGUGUGUGUGUGUAUAUAUUAUAUAUAUGUGUAUAUAUACAUACACACACACACACAUAUAUGUGUGUGUGUGUGUAUGUAUAUAUAUCUCCUGUGCCAUUGUUUAUUAUUCUUAACCUUAUUUUUUAGCCUUUUUAAACAAUAGUCUUAUUUUGAUCAUAUUCUGCAUUUUAUGUGCUAGUUAUAUUUUUUCUAAUAAGUACUAAAAUAAAUGUAUAAAUUAAAGAAAGGUUGUUCACUCAUGCAGCACUCCACCUAGAAGCAUCUCAGGGCUACCCAGCGGCACAUUGCCCGGCUGUGUGGGAAGCACGGCUGUAACAUGCGCUGUGCUGUGCCUAGUCACUCGGUCGAGUCCAGCUCUUUGUGAACCCCGUGAACUGUAGCCCGCCAGGCCCCUCGGUCCAUAGGGAUUCUCCAGGCAAGAAUAUUGGAGUGGGUUGCCAUGCCCUCCUCCAGAGGAUCUUCCCAACCCAGGGAUCGAACCCAGGUCUCUCGCAUUGCAGGCGGAUUUCUGUACUGUCUGAGCCACCACGGAAGCCCAAGAAUACAGAGUGAGUAGCCUAACCCUUCUCCAGGGGAUCUCCCUGACCCAGGAGUGGAACCAGGGUCUCCUGCAUCGCAAGGGAUUCCUUACCAGCUGAGCUAUCAGGGAAAGAAGCCCUUUUUGUAACAUAAACUUACACAGUUGGCCUAGUGACUUUAUCACUGUUUAUAUGACUCAACCAUAUAAAAAAGUACCACUGUAACUUCAGUAAUACGGAUUUACAAAUAACAUUGAUUAGCUUAUUGCUUUGAGGUUUUGAGAACUAGAAAAAUACUAAAAUAUUUUAUCAAUAUACUAUUUUCAGCCUAUUGAUGGUGGAGUUGAGAAUAAUUUACAGAUUAACCAAGAUCAAAAUGUAAUUAUAGAUAAUUGUUACAUGCAGAAUUGGUAAAUAGAAGUUGUUAACCCAUAUGAGACCAUAGGAUACUUUUGAAAUGUAAAUUACCAAAUCAUAUUUGUAAAUGAUAGAGAAUUAUAUUCUUAUACUUAACAGGAAAAUAUAAUGCAUUUUCUAGUUCUGUAGAGCAAUAAAUAUUAAUCAUGA